GACAGUUACAGUUGCUCGCAACCACACGUUCCCCCACAGAGAAGGCGUUUACCAGGUCCAACUGGCUCGCUAGCGGUCCGUGCGUACAAUCAACGUACAUGAUGUUUACUUUCCUGCACUGAACCACCAACUUGCCACUUCACUCUCACUCUCCACCUCCCUACCGCCAGACGUACUCACUAUCGCUGCUGCACCCUCCCUCCACCCGCCAUGGCCACCGCCAGAGACCAUCUCCGUCGCGCAUUUGAGGAGACAACGGCCGCCGGGGUCAGUCCAUCGCUCGCCGCCGCCAUGAUCUGCUCGAAACUAUUGUACUUCGCUCACGGAUCUGAUCUUGACCACAUACUCAUUGCAAGGCCAGCGAGUACGCACACGCCAGCUGGCCAUGGUGGGUCCCAAAUGGGGAGCUCUCCUGUCGCGGACAAUGGAGCGCCACUUCCCGCUCUUUCCGCUCUUCCCAAUGAUACAGACAAGUCACCAGAGAGCCCAGGCUCGCCGACGGCAAUAAUUGCAGAGAGACGAAGCACGGUAGCGCUGGCCAGGCGUUCGCCUCUUAUGCGCACCCGUCCGCCCCCUGCUCGUUUAACGGGGUCGAGUGACCAGGGACCGCACUGGACGACCACGUUGGAUCUUCUCGGCGACGAACCCGUAGAACACAUGGAAGAGCGUUAA